AUGGAACAGAGAAAUAGCUUAUUCCGUUUCAGCGGCUUAAACCUCCCCAAGUCACAAAAAUUGAGAUCCAUUGGAGUCUACCUCUCUGGAAUCUUGUUUGCCGUUGGAUUUUGGUCCAUGGUUGACGCUGCCAUCUACUCCAAGACAGUGAAUGCUUCUAUAGUUCAUGUGACCUUUGUGGAUUGGAUUCCAUUUAUAUGCCUGACCUUGGGAAUGAUAAUUGUCAAUUCAAUUGAAAAGUCUCACUUGUUAAAUGAUAACAAUAAUAACAGUUCCUUCUUGGGAGGUGGAAGCAACUCCACCACUUGGCAGGCCAGAGUUAUCUUGUUUUUUGGGUUUUCUUUGUUAGCUGGUGGGUUGGCCGGCCUGUUCAUGGUCUUUAUCAUCAAAUUCUUGUUGAAGCAUUACACAUUUCCUACUUUGGGCAUGGGUGUGUCGAACAUCAUCUGCAAUGGGUGCAUCAUGUUGAGUUGUAUCACAUUAUGGCUCUCCCAAAACAUCGAAGAUGAAUACAGCUACUCUCUUGCCUUAUAG